GUGUGUCCACGUUCAGUUAAGCGGAUUCACCAACGCAGCCGGCUGGCAGUGCUUAGCGGGCUGCUCUGGGCAGUGGAUCACCAUCCAGUCACCCAGUCCAAUGGAGGAGUUCUUCAAAGACAGCGAGAUAUUCGUGACCGGCGGCUCGGGAGUGGUGGGCAAGGCGCUGAUCGAGAAGCUCCUGCGCUCCUGCAAUGUGCGCCGCAUCUACAUCCUGCUGCGUCCUCGCCGGCAGCUCUCGGCGGAGGAGCGGCUCCUCCGCCUGCGCCAGGCGACCGUCUUCCAUGUCCUGGCCGUGGAGAAGCCGCAGGAACUGGACAAGAUAGUGGCGGUGCCCGGGGAUGUCUCCCUGCCGGGACUGGGCAUCCAUCCCGCGAUGGUGGAGCAAAUGCGGGGGGUUUCGCUGGUCUACCACUGCGCCGCCACCGUUCGCUUCGAUGAGCCACUGCGGGUGGCACUCCGCCUGAAUGUCGGCGGCACCCUGGAGGCCCUCAGGUUCGCCGAGAGUCUGCCGCAGCUGCGGGCCUUCGUCCAUGUGUCCACCUUCUACAGCAAUCCCUACUUGCAGCGGGUGGAGCCCAAGUACUACUCCUCGCCGAUGGACUGGCGACUGUGCCUGCGACUGCUUGAGGAGGUUCCAGACGACGGGAUGCUCAAUGCGCUCACAAGAAAGCUGAUUGUGGGCUUCCCGAACACGUACACAUUCACCAAGAACCUGGCCGAGUCCCUGGUGAACGACUACCGCCAUCGCCUGCCGCUGAUAGUCUACCGUCCAUCCAUAGUUCUCUUUGCGGUGGACGACCCUUCGCCUGGGUUUUCGCCCUCACUGAUGGGCGCCAUGGGUCUGUUCGCCUUGGUGGGCGCCGGGAUUCUGAAGACCGUUUACCUGGGCAGGGACAUCCGGCUGGACAUCACGCCGCAGGACAUUGGGAUCAAGAGCAUGCUCUGCUACACGAAGCGGGGAGCCGAGAUCUACCAGAAAGGUCCGCCGGCGGAGCUGCCCGUCUAUUUAUCCUCAUCCUGCACCCAUGUGCCGCACACCUUCACCCAGAUUGCCGAGCAGAUGGACACGCUGGACCUGUGGCGCGACGUGGCCUUCGGGAAGAACCUGAUGAUACCGGGCUGUCACUACACGGACAGGCGGUGGGUCUACCAGCUGCUGGUCUUCACCAAGCAGAUCCUGCCGGCCAUGAUCAUCGACCUGCUGCUGAGGACCUUCGGACAGAAGCCCGUGCUCAUGAGUGCCGUGCGGAAGGCCUACCAGACGCUGGAGGUGAUGCAGCCCUUCAUGUUCAACAACUACGACAGUCCCGGGGUCACGGACAUGGAGCUGCUGUCCGAGGAGAACGCCGGCACCCCCUUUAACUUGGACGCCUUCAAGCACCCGGACAUCCAUGGACUGAUCAUCCAAUCCUGCGGCGAAAUGCUCCUCAGCAUCCGAACGCAUUUGCUACGCGAGGAUCCAAAAACUCUGGGCCGCUCCAAGAUUAUCUUGCGAACUAAGGUCUUCCUCUACCGGCUGUUCCGCCUCUUCCUGCUCUACAAGCUCAUCCUCUGGAUUUGGAGGAGCUACUUGUCGCAGUUCUUCUAGAUUAGUGCCCUCUGAUUUUCUAGUUGUUAUAAUUUGUUUUUUUUUUUUUGGUAACUUAAGUAGAGUUGAAUUUGAUGUCAGCUUGGAAUAACAAACGAAGUUGUAUUGUAGCUUCACUACCUUUUAA